AUGGAGAUGGAAAAGAAACUGCUCAAGAAACUCUGUCGGGACAAUGACCUGUACGUGACGCCGUCCAUAAAUGACAAGCUUUACCUGCACUACAAGGGCUUCCGUUGCAUCAAGAACUUGGAGGAGUACACGGGAUUAAAAGUCUUGUGGCUCGAAGGCAACGGACUACCUCGAAUUGAGGGACUGGAGCAUCAGAAGGAGCUGCGUUCGCUGUAUCUGCAUGAGAACUUGAUCCAGCGGAUAGAGGGACUGGAGUCACAACUUCUGCUGGACACGCUCAACCUCUCUCAGAACCAGAUCUCCUGCAUCGAGAAUCUCGGCCAUCUCAAGCAGCUAACGAGCUUAGCACUCAAGUCGAACUAUUUGACGACUGCAAAAGAUGUCGCGCACGUUCUGGAGCUGCCAAGUCUGUCCGUGUUGGACAUUCAGAGCAACCGUAUCAACGACACUGACAUCGUCGAUAUCCUCGCACAACUACCGAACCUCAAGGUGUUGUACUUACAGGGGAAUGAAGUUGUGAAGCACAUUAGGCAAUACCGUAAGACGAUGGUGUAUCGCUGUCGCAAACUGAAGUACUUGGAUGACCGACCAGUCUUCGAUGAUGAACGACGGCGCGUUGAAGCGUGGGGGAAGGCGCUCGAAUCCUCCAACGGUGAUAUGAAGGCAGCCCAAGAGGCUGAGCGCCAGGAAAUGGAAGCGAUUCGGCGUGAAAAGAAAGAACGAGAUGAACAGAACUUCUUGUACUUCGAGCAGAUGAUGAUUGAAGGUCGACGUAAAAGACGCGAGGAGGAGGAACGGAAGCGCAAGGCCGAAAAUCCAGAGGACGAAGCAGAGGAAACCAACCCGUUUUCUGGUGAAAGAAUCAUCCCUGUUCAAGACUGUGCCUUCCUACAACAAGAGCGCGAAAAGCGCUGGGAAGCCGUUGUCAAUGCACCGGAUGAGCACGAUUUCGGAGGAAACAAUGCCUGCAACGAGGACAAUCAAAACACCGAAAACGAUUUGUCGUCUUCUUCAACCGAUGCUGCUGGAACUGGAGCGAUUCCAGUCGAUGAACGGCGGAUGGAAGUUCUGCAUCAAUGCGCUACUGUGGGGGCUGCCGGCGCGUCAGGCAAAGAUUCCUUCGUCAACGCAUCUUUUGAGAUUUCACAAGCUGGCGUCGGGGGUAUUGGAGAAAUUCCAGCUGCGGUAGCAUCAUAUGAACCUAAAGGCUUCGAUCAAACUAGCACAACAGAGCUGGUUGCUGCUCCUCCAACUCCUCCAACGAUACUGGUACCUCCUCCUGCGCCAAUUUCGAUUGCUCCAAACGCCCCGAAGGAUGAUACCGCAGUGGUAGGUCAAAGCGAAAGUCAACAACCUGACAUGACACAGCAGCAAGUACAGCCCACCGAUACCGAUAGCACAGGCAGUGUCCUUCCCCCACCACCUCCUCUAUCGGAUUUGAGACCAACUGAACAAGUCGAGGAAGCGGUACAUGCAUUGCCCCCACCGCCGACUCACACUGACGUCAAUGAGCUGGACUAG